AUGGUCCGAUCACGGUCAUUUCACGAUUAUUCGAGCCAUGAGAUUCAGCCUUUGCGUGUGCUGCUACUUGGAAGUCCGGGUUCCGGGAAAGGCACGCAAUCAGAACGACUAAAAAAGAACUUUGGCGUGUCUCACUUGUCAAGCGGUGAUAUACUUCGUAAGAAUAUUAAGCAUCACACCAAAUGUGGACAAAUUGCCGCAGAAUAUGUAGCCAAGGGCAAAUUAGUACCGGAUAACCUGUUGGUGAAUCUCGUCAAUACCGAACUGUCCCAGAUGAAUAAUCAUAAUUGGCUUUUGGAUGGAUUCCCACGAACGCAACCUCAGGCUGAAGCCCUUGAUAAGAUGCUCAACAAAUUGAUGCAACCGCUGAAUCUAGUAAUCAAUUUGGAAGUUCCUGAGGAAGUGAUUUUGGAACGAAUCAUGGAUCGAUGGGUGCAUAUUCCUUCCGGUCGUGUCUACAACUUGUCCUACAAUCCACCUCGUGUUCCGGGCUUGGAUGACCUGACAGGUGAGCCACUUUCGAAACGACCUGAUGACUCUCCUGAGGUGUUCCAUGUACGAAUGCAACAACAUAAAGCCAUGACAGCACCACUGUUGAAUCACUACCGCACCAUUGCAGUGACUGUGUGUGGAAACACAAGCGACGAAAUUUACCCGCAAAUUGAGCGUGAGAUUGUCAACCGAUUGGGCGUUUUGCCCAGUAAUCUUGUGAUACCCUAUGUAUCAUCCUUAUCCGCUAAACGUUCCGGGAAAAUUCGUCGUAAACAACAGAAUCUGCAUUGGAAAGACAAAAAACUCAUGGAAGCAACAGCAGGCCAGUAA